AUUAAUCUCUCCCCAUGGAAUGGCAUCGGGCUGAGUGGGGUGAAGGAGGGGGCUGGGAGCCGCCGUGAUGGGGAAGGGGAAAUGUGGCGAGGCUGGCUGCUCUUCAAGAUGGGGAAGGAGGAAACGAGGCAGGCAGGAAACAAAUGAAUUCCUAAAGACAAACACAAAUUUGCGCAGGAGAAGAGAAAGUAGUUGUGAUGGUGGAUUGGCUUGACAUUUCAUAGGGACGACGAUUCGACAUUGGAAGAAAGACAAGGGGUGAUCAUUUGCUCACUUUCAUGGUACAUUGAAAAGACACUUUCCCGUCAGUGAUAACAGCUGUUUAAAUUGCCACUGAGAAGCUGAUGAAGACUUUGAUACCAUCAGUCAAACAACAAAAAUAGUUUCUUGGAUCUUCUACAAUAUGGAAUUAUAGCAAUUCCUUUCCUGCGCCAUCACAAACCCAACGGGUUUGAUUUUGCUUUUCAGGGAUUAAUUCCAAAGUGGCAUUGAUGAAAAAGAGAGGACAGACUGUCACCUUUGGCCAUUUGAACUGUGCAAUUGUAUUACAGAAAUUAAAUUUUGUCCUCCUUGAUUGAAUCUGGAAAUUAAAUGCUUUGAAUAGAAAGUGAGCAUGGUAGGCUCUUGAGCAUAUGCAGCUUUACAACCAAGGAAGAGGAAGUGAAGGAUGGCGUCCAGAGAGAGGCUGUAUGAACUUUGGAUGCUCUAUUGCAAUAAGAAAGACCCAGACUACUUGAAGCUCUGGUUGGACAGUUUUGUCUCUAGCUAUGAACAAUUUCUGGAUGUGGAUUUUGAGAAACUGCCCACCAGGGUAGAUGAUGUGCCUCCUGGAAUAUCACUGCUUCCUGAUAAUAUUCUCCAAGUCUUGAGGCUGCAGUUGCUGCAUUGUGUCCAGAAAUUAUCAGAAGGACUAGAAGAACCUCAGCAAGCCCUGUCGCUUCUCCUUGUGAAAUUCUUCAUUAUCCUUUGCCGAAACUUGGCUAAUGUGGAGGAGAUUGGGACUUGUUCUUAUAUUAAUCAUGUCAUUACGAUGACUACGCUCUAUAUUCAACAGCUAAAAAGUAAAACAAAAGAGAAAGAAGUGGCAGAUCAAACACCCAUAGAAGAGUUUGUGAGACAUGCAUUGGCCUUUUGUGAAAGCCUCUAUGAUCCAUAUCGAAACUGGAGGCAAAGAGUAGCAGGACGAAUUCUGGGCACUGUUGAGAAAAGCAGACAAAAGUACAAACCAGCUUCACUAACAGUGGAGUUUGUCCCUUUCUUUUACCAGUGUUUUCAAGAAAGUGAGCAUCUGAAGGAGAGCCUGAAAUGUUGUCUGCUGCAUCUCUUCGGAGCUAUUGUGGCUGGAGGGCAGAGAAAUGCUCUCCAAGCAAUCUCUCCUGCCACCAUGGAAGUCUUGAUGCGUGUACUGGCAGAUUGUGACAUAUGGGAUAACAGAGAUCCAGAUGAAGUGAGCAGGAAGGCAGAGCUGACACUUAAAUGCUUAACGGAAGUGGUGCACAUACUUCUGACCAGCAGCUCAGAUCAGCGGCAAGUGGAAACCAGUACCAUACUGGAGAACUACUUCAAGUUGCUCAACUCUGACCAUGCAGCUUUGCCUAACUCAAGGAGGUCUAGGCAGUGGGAGAGCAGGUUUAUAACACUACAAAUUCAAAUGCUAAAUACCAUCACUGCCAUGUUAGACUGCACUGAUAGGCCCGUUUUGCAAGCCAUUUUCCUUAAUAGUAACUGCUUUGAGCAUCUCAUUCGACUGCUGCAGAACUGCAAGCUGUUUUUAAAUGCUAACAGUAAGGUGGCAGACAAGAAUGAGAAAGACCUUGCCAACAUAUUACUGACAGAAAUGAAUCAGGAACAGGUAUUUCAGGGACAGCUAGACUGCUUGGCAGUGUCGGCCAUUCAAGCCCUUACAGCAGUGAUGCAUAAAUCUCCAGCUGCUAAGGAAGUGUUUAAAGAACGGAUUGGCUAUGCCCAUAUAUUUGAAGUCCUAAAAUCUAUGGGUCAGCCUUCACGGGAAUUGCUUGAAGAACUUAUGAAUAUGGCUGUUGAAGGUGACCACACAUCCGUCGGAAUGUUGGGCAUCAGUAACGUCCAGCCUUUGCUGCUGCUGAUUCAGUGGCUUCCGGAGCUAGAGUCGCACGAUCUUCAGAUCUUCAUCUCAAAUUGGCUGAAGCGCAUUUGCUGUAUUAACAGGCAGAGUCGUGCUAUCUGUGUCAAUACAAAUAUGGUCACUCGCAUAAUUGAGACACUGAAUGGACACUCUUCAGUCCACGGAGCGUGCGCUGAGAACCUGAUUGCUCUUUUGGGUUCUUUGGGGAGCCAGUCAAUGAGCUCUGAAGAACUGCACCGGCUAAUUAGUCUGUUGAGGACUAAAGACGUGAAGCAGACUCACCCGUAUACUGUCCCUGUAAUGCGUGCAAUCCUUACAAUGGCUAGAAAGCAAGGCCUGGAUAAUGCCUUGCAGUACUUUGACUUGUCGCAUAGCAUGGCAGGCAUUGCUGUGCCACCUAUUCACAAAUGGCCGGGUUCUGCGUUUGCCUUCAGCGCUUGGCUAUGCCUUGACCAAGACCAAAUGACUCCCAGUGCCUGUAACAAAAGGAAACAGCUAUACAGCUUUUUUACAGGUAGUGGGAUGGGCUUUGAGGCAUUUAUCACCUACUCUGGAGUGUUGGUGGUUGCUGUGUGUACAAAGAAGGAGUAUGCGACAGUGAUGCUAUCGGACCAUUGUUUCUGUGAUUCCCUCUGGCAUAAUAUAAGCAUUGUUCAUAUGCCCGGGAAAAGGCCAUUUGGUCAAAGCAUUGUCUACAUUUAUGUAAACGGACAGCAGAAGAUAUCUGCGCCACUCCGAUUUCCUGCAAUGAAUGAACCUUUUACUUCUUGCUGCAUUGGUUCUGCUGGUCAAAGGACAACUACUCCUCCACCAUCGCAGAUCCCAGAUCCACCUUUUUCUUCCCCUAUUAUGCCUCACCGGACAUCACUAGGUGGGAUUCUUUCUCCAGGCACCUGGGGUGGGCUCCUGGGGAAGCCAGAGCUAAUCACCAAACUGAUCUCUGCGGGGACACAAGACAGUGAGUGGGGAUGCCCUACCUCUCUGGAAGGCCAGCUUGGAUCAGUCAUCAUAUUUCAUGAAGCAUUACAGCCAUCUCAUGUGAAAGCACUCUAUUUGGCAGGUCCAAACUGUUUAACUCCAUGGAAAUCUCAAGAGACUGAUGGAGCAGAUUUGCCCAGUAAGAUGCUUCUUCACUAUACUCCCAAGGCUUGCAGAAGCCCAAUGUGUCUCGAUCUUUCCACAAAUCUUCUGCAUGGAAGGAUAACUGGGAACAAAGUAGUGAACUGGGACAUCAAGGAUAUGAUCAAUUGCAUAGGCGGAUUAAAUGUGCUCUUCCCGCUGCUGGAGCAGAUCAGCUUCCUUGAUGGGCAGGUGCCUACAAGGCCAGAGGCAGAAUCUGCACUUUCUGAAUUGUUGACCCCUGUCGAAGGAGACUGGGUGGUAUUAACUUCUACCAAGGCUUCAGAGGCUCGCUUGGAGAAGAACAUUGUUGCAACGUUCAUCUUGAUGAUAAAGCACUUUAUUCAAAGGCACCCAAUCAACCAGGACAAUCUUGUUCACACACACGGAGUUGCAACCUUAGGAGCCCUCUUGCAGAAAGUACCAAGCAAUUUCAUGGACGUGAAUGUACUGAUGGCAGUCCAAUUACUGAUAGAACAAGUCUCUGUGGCAAAAAAUGUGCAACUCUUGCAGCAGAUGUAUCAACACCUACUUUUUGACUUCAGUAUCUGGAAUCGUGGUGACUUCCCAUUCAGAAUUGGUCAUAUCCAGUACCUUUCCACAAUUAUCAAAGAUAGCAGAAGGCUCUUCCGAAAAAAGUAUGGCGUGCAGUUUUUGCUAGAUACUUUGCGGAUUUAUUAUGGAAGCGGCUAUAAAGACAGUGAUUUGGCUCCAGAUGAUCUUAGAACAAUAAGGACUUCUCUUUAUGGAUUAAUCAAAUAUUUUUUGAGCAAAGGUGGGACACAUGAGGAAGUACAGAGCAUCAUGGGAUAUAUAGCAGCCAUCAAUGAUGAGGAGCAGCUCUGUGGGAUCUUGGAUGUGCUCUUCAGUCUGCUUUAUACCAGCCCUACUCGUGAUCAACUUUUUUUGCUGCUCUUUGAGCCUGGAAAUGCAGACAUCCUCUAUGCUCUGUUGUUGAAUCAGAGGUACUCGGACAGACUAAAGGAGCUUGUGUUCAAGAUUAUGGAGCAGAUGCUGAAAUGUACCAAAGUCUACGAACGGAGUAAACAACGCAUGAAACUCCGAGAAGUUGGGUAUUCUGGGCUGGGAUUGCUCCUGAAUGAAGCUCCAGUUACCAAGUCUCUUAUCAGGAACCUUCUCAACCAAGUUCUGCGUGCAGAUCCAGUUGUGAAUUACAGGGACUUUGUAGCUGUGGUACACUUGGCCCACAGAGCAGAUAUACAUGUCAGAGUGGCCAUUUGUCGAAAGCUUUUGCAAAUUCUGCAUUCUCAGCAGGAUUCGGCCCAACAGAUUUCUCAACAGCUGGGCUGGCAGGAGACAUUGACUAGACUCUUCUUAAAAGAGAAUGCUGAUGUCAAGAAUGGUGUCAGAGAAAGCAGAAGUGGCUCUGUUAAAGAGGAUGAAAAGAGAGCUUCUGUCAAAGAAUUUCAGAAACGUUCUUCAAAAGCAGAUGGAGAAGAUGCUACCAGUUUUGCAUCUGUGAAUGGUUCUUGUGAUCAAUGGAGCUUAGAAGAGAGCAAAUCUGUGACAAUGCUUGAAGAUACCUCCAUGGCAGAGAUGUCAUUCAAGCCGGAGGACCAAGAAGAGUUGUGGCAGAAUAAUCCUUCACACUUGAGUUUAGACCUGUCAAGUGUUGACUCAUAUGAACUGGGUGACGGUGGGAGCCAGAUGGCAGAUAGCUUGCCCAGCACACCUUCACCUGUUGAGAGCACAAAAGCAUUUUCUGGGCAGUUUGAUAAAGAACUGAAUGCUGCAACAGAAGUGAUGUUCACAGAUCUUUCAUUAUUUGAAAUUCAUGAGGCAUGUGAAGAAGAUCUCAUACAGUUGCUCACGGACAUCUUGCUCUGUGUGAUGUGGAAAGGCAUAGAAAGGUCUGAUGAUGAUGCUUGGAUUGAGAGGGGACAAGUUUUUUCUGCCCUCACAAAACUGGGGAUAUCCAAUGAAUUAUUACGACCAUCGGAUGAAAUAAAACUCAAUUUGCUAGAGAAGAUGCUGGAAUGGGCAGUCACUGAUAGCAGAGAUGCUAAAUCUAUCCCAGUGUAUGCAGAAAAUGGUUUCCAGCUCAUAUGUAUUGUGCAAGAUUUCCUGCAAGCAGAAGGGCUUGUUAAUUCAAGGUUGUGGACAGAAAAGCUCUUGGAAGAGCUGGUGACCCUCAUGGACACCUUGUCAGUCUGGUACUCUUCUGGCCCAGAAUGUGUGAAGCUCUACCAAGUGCAGGUCCAGGUGCUCCUUGGGUUCAUUGGACAGGAUAACUUACAGGUUUGUGCGAUGGCUUCGGCCAAGCUAAACACUCUCCUUCAGACCAAAGUACUUGACAACCAAGCAGAGGCCUGCUACCUCCUGGGCAAGCUGGAAGGCAUCCUAAGCAGAUCCAUCAAAGAAAAGACAGAAACGUACUCCUUCUUGAUCCCUCUUGUCCGAACUCUGGUUUCCAAAAUAUACGAGCUCCUGUUCAUGAACUUGCACUUGCCUUCCCUGCCUUCUACUAAUGGAAGCCCUUCCUUUUUUGAAGACUUCCAGGACUAUUGCAGCACUGAUGAAUGGCAGAUUUUUAUUGAUAAAUAUAUCAUUCCAAAUAUGAAACAGUAUGAACUCACUACUUUCAGUGAUGGCCAUGAACAUAUGGCAGUAUUUUGGAAGGAUUGUUACGAGGCAUUGAUGGUAAACAUCCAUAAACGAGAGCGAGAGCGAGGAGAAAGCAAGCUCAAAUUUCAGGGAUUUUUUGUGGAGCCAUUUAACCGAAGGGCACGGCAGGAAAAUAUGCGUUACAACAGCAUGCUGAAACAGUUGAAUAAUCAGCACACAGCAACUCUGAGACAGUGGAAAGCUGCCAUGCUCUACCUAACUUGUGAACAGGGUCCCUGGGCUGAAAGAAAAUUGAAUCUUAUUCACUGGAAACUUUCAAAUGUGGAGAAUUACUCACGAAUGAGGCUAAAAUUAGUGCAAAAUUACAACUCCACCUCUCACCAGGAGGCAAGUGCACUGAGGGAUAAUUUAGGAGUGCAACAGGCGCAGCCAUCAAGUGAAACUUUGCUUCUGGAGGCAGUGAAACAAGUGAAAGUUAGUGAUAUGGAAGAUGAUAUCCUUGAACUGCCAGAUGAAGAUGCAGCAUCCAUUGCAAACAUGGACGAGAAGGAAGAAACAAGUCAGAAAGAGAAACUAGUUCUAUCGGAAGACUGUGAACUUAUUACAAUAAUUAAUAUAAUACCUGGCAGACUGGAGGUCACUACCCAACACAUUUAUUUCUAUGAUAGCAGCAUUGAAAAAGAGGAAGGUGUAGGUUUUGAUUUCAAAUGGCCCCUUUCUCAAAUUCGAGAGAUUCACUUGCGUCGCUAUAACUUGAGGAGGUCAGCCUUGGAGCUCUUCUUUAUUGACCAGACUAACUAUUUCCUUAAUUUCAAAAAGGAAGCAAGAAACAAAGUGUAUAGCCGAAUUCUAUCUCUUUGCUCUCCAAACGUUAGUGGGACCAGAUCUCUUCAAGAAUUAUUUAAAGCAUCAGGCAUGACACAGAAAUGGGUAAACAGGGAGAUAUCAAACUUUGACUACCUCAUUCAACUGAAUACUAUGGCAGGGCGAACCUACAACGACCUUGCACAAUAUCCUGUGUUUCCAUGGAUUUUGCGGGAUUAUACUUCAGAAGAAUUGGAUCUGAAUAAUCCUGCUGUGUUCAGGGAUCUGUCCAAACCCAUUGGUGUGGUGAAUGAAAAAAAUGCCAAGGCAGUACAGGAAAGAUAUGAGAACUUUGAGGAUCCACUUGGAAUUAUUGACAAGUUCCAUUAUGGUACACACUAUUCUAAUGCAGCUGGAGUCAUGCAUUACCUCAUCCGGGUAGAACCUUUUACCACAUUGCAUAUCCAGCUUCAGAGUGGCAGAUUUGACUGUGCUGAUCGGCAGUUCCAUUCCAUUCCUGCUACAUGGCAAGCUCUUAUGGACAAUCCAAAUGAUGUGAAGGAGCUAAUCCCAGAGUUCUUCUACUUCCCAGAGUUCUUGAAGAAUGAAAAUAGUUUCAACUUGGGUCAGCUGCAGAUCUCAAAAGAAGUGGUAAAUGAUGUCAUCCUCCCAAAAUGGGCCCAGUCACCAGAGGACUUCAUUUAUAAGCACAGGAAAGCCUUGGAAUCAGAGUAUGUUUCUGCCCAUCUCCAUGAAUGGAUAGAUCUGAUUUUCGGCUAUAAACAGAGAGGGCCUGCCGCAGUAGAAGCAUUCAACGUCUUCUAUUACUGCACUUACGAAGGAGCUGUAGAUCUGGAUGCCUUGACUGAUGAGAAGGAAAGGAAAGCUUUAGAAGGGAUGAUUAACAAUUUUGGACAAACACCUUGUCAGCUACUAAAGGAGCCCCAUCCUGCAAGACUGUCUGCAGAGGAAGUGGUGCAGAAGCAAACCAAAAAUGAUAGUUCCACUCUUAACCUGUUUCAGCAUCUUCCUGAAUUGAAGUCAUUCUUUAUUGAGGGAAUCAGUGAUGGUGUUCCUGUUGUUAAGGCUGUUGUCCCCAGGAAUCAGUCCCAUUCUUUCAUGUCACAAGGGAGCCCAGAGAUCUUGGUAACAGCAAGUGCAAACUGCAUCAUUGGAACCCAUGGGUGGUUACCUUACGACAGAAAUAUCUCCAACUAUUUCACUUUCCUCAGAGACCAAACUGUGACAAAUCCCAAAACCCAGCGAACUGUAAGUGGCCCUUUUGCCCCAGGACUGGAGAUUAGCCCUCGGUUGUUUGUAGUGUCACAUGACGCAAAGCUGCUUUUUAGUGGAGGACAAUGGGACAAUAGCAUCAGAGUGACAUCUCUCACCAAGGGAAAAUUGGUGGCACAGCACAUCAGGCAUAUGGACAUUGUAACAUGCUUAGCUAUGGAUUUCUGUGGAAUCCAUUUAAUUUCAGGCUCAAAGGACACCACUUGUAUGAUAUGGCAAAUAGUUCAGCAGGGAGGAGUGCCCAUAGGCCUGGCUCCUAAACCUUUGCAAAUUCUAUACGGUCAUAGCAAUGAAGUGUCUUGUGUUGGCAUCAGUACAGAAUUGGACAUGGCAGUCUCAGGAGCCAGGGAUGGCACUGUGAUUGUUCACUCUAUUCGGAAAGGACAAUACAUGAGAACUCUGAGGCCACCCCGUGAGAGUUCUCUCUUGCUCACUAUUCCAAAUCUGGCAGUAUCCUGGGAAGGACACAUUGUUGUCCACACAAGUAUAGAAGGAAAAACAACCCUCAAGGAUAAGAAUGCACUACAUCUCUAUUCUGUGAAUGGAAAGCAUUUGGGCUCUGAGAGCCUGAAAGAGGAAGUGUCCGAUCUUUGUGUGACUGGAGAAUAUAUUGUAAUGGGGAGUCUCCAGGGAUUUCUGUCCAUAAGAGAUCUUUACAGCCUAAACCUCAGCAUCUCCCCAUUAGCCAUGCGACUGCCGAUUCGCUGUGUUUCUGUUACCAAAGAGUACAGUCAUAUUCUGGUGGGCCUCGAAGAUGGCAAGUUGAUUAUUGUUGGCGUCGGAAAGCCAGCUGAGAUGCGUGCAGGCCAGCUCUCCCGAAAGUUGUGGGGAUCAAGCAAACGGAUCAGCCAGAUUUCAUCGGGAGGGACUGAAUAUAACACUCAAGAUUCCAUGUGAUUUCUGCUCCUGCCUUCUCUUGUGAUUCCACACAUUUAUUUAAUCUUUGGUUAAUUUCUUCAAACAUAUCUCUCAUCAUUCUCCAUUAUGUUGGAGCAACAGCACAAUUUCCAUAGGCACAGACGCAAAUUAGCCUACAGCAUCUACAAUUUUUGUGAUUGUGUUGCUAUAUUAGAAAUGGAAGCAGUAAGCUAAUUCAGUACUUUAUAAACACGUUAGAGUUUGUGUGUGUGCAUGUUUGUAACGUAUGUGUGUACACUGUGUGUUAGACUUAAAUAUAUGUAUGUUUGCGUGCAUUAUAGUGAAUGUAAGAAACAUGGUAGAUAUUUACAUUCAUGUUGAUGCUGAGAAUCCAAGAUGAAUGCCCCAAAAGAGGUAUUUCUCAGCUUUUCAGAAAUAUGCCAGUGAAUGCUGACAAACUCAUUGAGGUCAGCAUUCAUGGUGUAUCUGACUUCAUGGAAAUUCACUAACUUUGCCUGUCAUAAUUGACAUCCACACAUCCAUGUCAGCAUCACCACAUUUUUAACAUUCACUGUAACACAUAAAGAUGAUAAUCCAUUGUCUUUAUUAAAUAAGCCAAUCCCCUCUUGGGGGGACGGAUUGGACUUGGGCAUGUGCAGCUAGACUUUUUGCUGCUUCUCUCUCUAGAAGUCCUUCACAAACACUUUGCAAGCAGUGUAUAAGCUAGCCUGAGGUUCAAAAGUGGCUUGGGAAGGUUGAGGUUAGGUUGUUGCUACCACGCCAAAAAAGAAGCAUAAGGCCUUAUUUCACAUCUGGAUAUGGUAUGGUUGGUCUUCUAGAUUUCAGCCCAUACCUCUAAAUUACUUGAUAGAUAUAAAUUAACCAUUUUUCUUUUUUUUUACCUCAAAACCUUUUUAGUUCCAGAAAUGUGGAGCCUGGACAUUAUUUUACCUUCCUAGACUUGAAAGAAUAAAAUUGAGCAGUGUAGGAGAUAUAGCUUGUAUAAUAGCUUGUAUAUUUAGAUGAAUCGGUUUGCUUAUUGCUGCAAAUGAUAAUGUUUUAUUAUCUAGCUAUGCUCGAGACGGUUUUUCAGGAAGUAUUGCACUAUUUUAAUGUCACAAGUUAGUGUGUGAUUGCAUAAAACUGAAUGGUGUGGGGAGGAGUGAAGAGGGAGGAAUAUUGGCAGCAUGAUGCUCUUAGUAUUGGUACACUCAAGGCAGGAUUCAGCAUGCAGUUCAGAAAUUUUUUAGACUGUUAGAUUCAACAUUAUCUCAGAAAGAAAAUGGCAGCUGAAAUAACUUUUUGCUACUAAAACUGACUUCAGCCGUAGAAUAGUUCAGAAAAGAAGUAGUGUGUCAAAUUUAUAUCUAUGCCUGAUUGAUGCACAGGAACAGGUUUCCACAUAGGGAUUGCCUUUCUGGUUACAAAAGGUGCUCUGGUGGGGCAGGACCCAUAUCCAGCACCAAGGAGUGUGCAUGUAGUCUUUUGCACUGAAGAUGCCCUGACAGACAGCAGCUGUUGAGUGUGGGUAAGUGAAUCCCAUCAGCACUGUUGAAGAUAACCGUGGCAAUUGUGUGGUAAUUGGGGAGAGAUACUCUCAUACUGGGCCAUCGUAUUUUAAAAGUUUUCCAAAUAUGUAUUUGUUUGGCUGCUGUUCUGUAUUUUUAUUUUCAAGUACAGGAAAAGUAAGUGAAAGAAUCUAAGUGUCACAUGCAUUUAUAGCUAUUUAUUUUGUCUAUAUAUUAAACAAAAGAAAACCAUCCUACUUCUUGUUAUGUUUUCUUCACAGUGGGAACCAUACUUUUAGGUAACGAUGUGUUUGUAAGUCAUUUGAAACUGAUUCUAGAGCACUAUGUGAUAGGUAAUGUUGUGGUUUUAGUCCAGUAGCUCCAGUAUUUGAACAAGAAAAUGUAGACCUCCAAGGAUAUACUUUGGUUAAGAUAUGCUGUUUUGCUGGAAUUUGCUGUUUCUUGUGAGAAGAGUGUAGUUUAAAACCUUGAUAUUAUAUAAUUGGAUAAAAAUUAAUUAUAUCAUUAUUCAACUUCAGUGAGCUAUGUACACAAUUAUAGUGGGUAUUGCAGUUUUCCCAGAUUUCCUUCAUGUCUGGAAAUUGGCUAUAUUGCAGGACAUUUUAGGCUUUUCGUUAAAUUUUGUGCACAGUUUUCUAAGAUCGGAUCAUCUCUGUGUUUGCCUGUUUCUUGAGAUUAAUUUCUUAAAGCAGUGUUCUUGUAUUGUGUGUUUUACACAUGCGGUAUCUUUCAUAACUUUUUGUACUUAUCUAAAGUGUGUGUUUACAUAUUCUUUUAUAAAUUGGUAUUUGGUGUGCAGUAAUUGUGGUUAGAAAUUAUUCUUUACAUUCUGUUAGACAAGGAUAUACUGUAGAUAUACUGGAAAGCUGUCGGGAAAAUUGGAAGACUUCAUUGUGUUACAACAUGUUGUAAGCCAAUGUAUCGAUAUUCUUUAUAUAAAUUUGUUUGUUAUAGGGAUCAACUGA